AGGUGAAAGUUCAAAGCAGAAUAGACACCAAUGAGUUUCAAAGGUCUUGAAUCUUUUGUGUUUCACCCGAACAGCAAGAUUCAUUGAUAAAGGCGGCAGUUUAAAGGAAAUGAGGACAAAAGGAAACGUAACGGAGUGACCCGCUCCAACCGGAAAGAUGUUCUGCUCCCGUUUAAAAACCGGGAGGUCGUCGGUCUCUUUACACAAGCUCUUCCUCCUCUCUUUGCUUCACAUGAGAGCUCAUCACUUCAGUCUCUGUCCUCAACAUUCAUGGAGACGUCUUCACAGUGGGAUCAUCCGCUCUCUGUCAACCGGAUCUCAGUCCACCCCUCCUGAAACUGAGAGCCCUAUCUUAGAGAAAAACCGCAGCUCCUCCUCUUCCUGGUCCCCCAAACAGGGACCCCCACCUGCUCCCACCCAUUGUUGCAUGAGCGGCUGCCAUAACUGCGUUUGGAUCGAACAUGCCGAGCAACUCCUGGCGUAUUAUCAUGACGGAGGAGACAGAGCACUCGCUGCCAUAGAGGAGAACGUUCUUGAUGAGAACCUUAAAACAUAUCUUAAAAUGGAAAUCAGACUGCUAAAAAAGACAUAAUGAUUUACUGAUGAAGGACUUUCUACACUGUAUGAUAACUUCUGUUAUGCCCACUUCUUCUUUAUGUAUAGAGAAAAAACUUUACUGUGAACUAAUAAGUUAUUGGCUCCCACCUACCUCAUGUGGUCAGAAUAGUUUUUUGGGACACAUUUUAAAGACUUCUUGUAAGCUGAAUAUUUAUUUCUGGUGUCUUUUCAGCAGCCACAGAGUUUGACAAGAAAAUGAGAGUAGAAAAAUAAAAUCUGCUUCCUGAAAAAUAAAAUCCAGAGGUCGCUGAUUUGAAACAAUGUAGAUUUGAAUUUUGGUUCCUGAUGAAAAAUCCGGAACCAAACUUUGACUUGUUACUUUUACGUGAAAUUAAAUGUAGCAUCUAUUAAAUUGUGUAAAAUUAUCACUGUGGAAAGAUAUCUGAUCUUUACACUCCA